UUAUAAUCAAAACUGGCACCUUGUCUUCAUCUUCUUCUUCUUCCCCUCCCCUUUGAUACUUAAAAAGUAAAACAAACAUACAUAUAAAUCAUCACAAGCUAAACUUAUUAGCAUCUCUGUAAAUGCUGCUGCAGCAUCACAACAACUCAGAGAUUGAUAUUUGCAGAGAACCCAAUUUGAAAUCACUCCAAGAUGUUUCAACCCAGAAAACCCCUGACUAUUCAAAUCCCACAAGAUGUUGAUCAUGAUCCACUUCCACCCCAACAAAUCCACAUCAAAAUCAACAAGCCACUUAUUUCAACACCCCACAAAAGAUCUCCUUCAACUAUUUCUUCUCCUCAUCACCAUCACCAUCAUUUUAAAAACACCAUCAUCUCUCCCAAAUCCACUUCUCUUCUAUCUUCUUUUUCACUUGUUGAAACCCUUUUAGCUACAAAGACUCUAGCUUUAAGGCUUGCAACUCACUCCUGUUCUUGUUGUUGCUCUCACUGUCUUCUUAAGCUUCCUCUAAGGAUUUCCUUUGUUCUUUUUCUCCUGCCUUCACUUUUUUUCUUCUCUUCAAACCAUUACUUUGCCUUCUUGCUUCAUUUUCUAUCUGUAGUACUCUUCUCAAUUGUAAUUUUUAUUUUACUUAAUGUUUAUACUCCCAUCCCAUUACUUCUUGCUAGGUCUUUUCCUCUAAAGUUGUCAUCUUUAGCUUCAACUCCACCUAAGAGGCUUAGCUCACCAGUUGUUUGGUCAAUUGGGUCGAAACCCAAAUCGGAGAAAAGGCCAGACACAGCUUCUUGGGUACAAGUUCAUAAGAAUGGGGAUGUUUAUGAGGGUGAAUUUUACAAAGGCAAGUGUUCUGGAAGUGGGGUUUAUUACUAUAACAUGAGUGGGAGGUAUGAGGGUGACUGGAUUGAUGAUAAGUAUGAUGGAUAUGGUGUCGAAACUUGGGCAAAAGGGAGUCGGUAUAGGGGGCAAUACAGGCAGGGUUUGAGACAUGGAUUUGGGGUGUAUAGGUUUUACACUGGGGAUGUGUAUGCCGGGGAGUGGUGUAAUGGGCAGAGCCAUGGGUGUGGAGCUCAUACUUGUGAAGAUGGGAGUCGUUAUAUCGGGGAAUUCAAAUGGGGUGUCAAACAUGGAUUAGGCAGUUACCAUUUCAGAAACGGGGAUGUAUACGCUGGAGAAUAUUUUGCAGACAAAAUGCAUGGCUUUGGAGUUUACAGAUUUGCACAUGGACAUCGAUAUGAAGGAGGCUGGCACGAGGGGAGAAAGCAAGGGCUUGGCUUGUACACUUUCAGAAAUGGGGAGACUCAAUCAGGUCAUUGGGAAAAUGGAGUUCUCAACAUUUCAAGCACUGCAGGAUCUCCUCCUGGAUCUCCUUCCACCGUCAGUGAUUCAAGAGUUUUUAAUGCAGUUCAGGAAGCAAGAGUUGUUGCUGAAAAAGCAGCUACUGCCGCAAAGGUCGAGGAAAAGGUAAACAUAGCUGUUGCUGCAGCCAACAAAGCAGCCACCGCAGCAAGAGUAGCAGCUGUAAGGGCGGUCCAAAACCAAAUGCGGCCGCAAAACGGCAAUGUGGAUAUAACAGUCCCAGUUAUACGAGGAAACAAUGAUAAUAGAAAACAGAAAUAUGCUGUCUAAUUUCUUGACCUAGAUUUCCAUGUUGAUCUUUUCCUUCUCACAACUUCAAAGUUCCUCGGACAAAGAAACAGAAUGGCUUUAGAUGAACCCUCUUUUUUGCUGAUAAAGAAUUCCUGAUGAUGUGAGGUACUCACUUGGAACCACAAUCAGUCGAAUGGCUGAUUGAGGAGCAAGAUUUUCGCCCUCCUUUUCGGGUAUAGAUCAUCUUUGUCAAUGGUGAAUGUCCACAAGUAAAGCACUAGCACUCAAGUGCUUGAGAAUAGUUUAGAUUUUCUAUUUUACUUGUUAACCCUCCUUGUAUGCUGCAUAUGUAUAUAUUUGAAGUGUAACGGUGUGCACUUGUACCAACAGGAUUAGAAAUCAAAUACAGAGAGGGUUCUAUGUAAAAUCUGAAUGGUGCUCCCCUCUUCUAAGAUUGUCUGUUUUCUGCGAUUUAAUGGUCUGUGUUGGCAGAAUGUUUUAUCAAGUGACAAAUGGAAGUGGUAGUCAUAGACUUUCACUGCAAGUGCCAUUUCUGCAUUA